AUUCUUAAAGGAUUGACUUAAAAGAAAAUGUAAAACACGUGACAAAUAACAAAGUAUAAAUAUAUGCAUCUCGCUAGGGAUGAUAAAUAAACGAAUUUAAAGCAAUAUUUUGUACGAAACACAGUUUGAAUGUUCCAUUUGUGUGAUAGUAUACUUGCUUACUUAAGUCAACUGGAUAAAAUAUCGUAUUCACUUCAUCACAUUUCAGACACUACAAGAACAUAAUGGACGAGAGCCUGCUUGUGUUGGCCAUCGACUUCGGGACGACAUACAGCGGCUAUGCCUUCUCCUUCCGGUCUGACCCCCUCAGAAUUCAGACAAACCAGAGCUGGUCACAGAAGCUCGUGUCACUGAAGACGCCGACGGUACUACUCGUGGACGAGGACCGGAAGUUCCAGGCGUUUGGUUACGAGGCGGAGGAGAAGUACGCGGAACUCUUGGAAGACUGUGAGGCGGACGGAUGGGCGCUCCUCCGCCGCUUCAAGAUGUCUCUCUACCACACAGAGGAUUUGUCUCUGGCUACAGAGGUCACCGACCUCGCGGGCGUGGUCAAACUGCCCGCCAUUACUGUAUUCGCCAUGUCAAUCAAGUACCUCAAAGACCACGCCCUAAAGUCACUGAACAGGUGCCCGGAAACGCGCGUGAAGGAGAGUGACGUCAAGUUCGUGCUCACGGUUCCCGCUAUCUGGGACGACAAGGCCCGCCUGUUUAUGAGGGAGGCUGCUGUGGAGGCGGGGAUUCCGCGUGCGCAGCUGGGUAUGGCCCUAGAGUCGGAGGCGGCCUCGGUGUGGUGCCAGACUGUCCCCCUCGUCAUACCCGCCGAGGACGACAGAUACGCCCUCACAAAUGUAGACUCCAAGUACAUGGUCGUCGAUCUGGGAGGAGGAACAGCGGACAUCACUGUCCACCAAAAGCUUGCCAACGGGAAGCUCCGGGAGCUUGAUUCUGCAAGCGGUGGCUCAUGGGGAGGGACGCAGGUCGACAAACGCUUUAUCGCCAUGCUGGCGCAGUGCUUGGGCGAGGAAACCAUGAAAAAGUUUCACAGGGAAUGCUUGCAAGACGUUUUCGAUUUAAUAAGAGAGUUUGAAACAACGAAGCGAACUUUAACACCAGAAACAACGGGAAUGGUGCGAGUUCGGCUUCCCGCGUCUUUGCAUGAACUGCGGAAGAGCUUUGACGAAGAAAUGCCGAAAACCCAAUUGCGGAACCAAUUUUUAACCACGAUUAGGAAUUCACAGUACGGGGAUAAUUUUUCAGUCAAGGGUGAUAAGUUACGGGUGAACGCUGGAUUCAUGAGACACAUGUUCGACCAUUCCAUUGACUCAUUGAUCAGUAAAAUCGGCGAGAUUCUUGAAAAACCGGAAGUAGGUAGACUCGAAAAUAUUCUAGUCGUAGGCGGUUUCUCAGAAUGCGCGCUUGUGCAGCAUUCCAUGAGGCAACGACUCCGCGGGAAAAAGAUCAUAUUUCCACCGGAAGCUGGUCUGGCCGUGCUCAAGGGAGCAGUGUUAUACGGCCACAACCCGCAGAUUAUUGCAAGCCGUGUCGCUAGGUUUACCUACGGCCUUAAAACGACCGAAGAAUUCGACGAAACAAAACACAAACACAAGUACAAGGUUGUGAAAAACGGAGUGGCAUUUUGUUCUAACCUGUUUCAAAUCUACGUGUUCAAGGGGGACGAGGUCGAAACGGGACAAGUAAUCACAAAAAAACACAAACCCAAAGACAAUCAAAACCCGGGUGGAUAUGUUACAUUUGAAAUGUACCUCUCUACUACAGACUCGGCGACGUAUGUGACGGACCCCUCGUGCUACGCGCUCGGGAAACUGGAGGUGAGAAUGCCCGAGGAUGCAAACACUGCCUACGAAACUUCCCUCAUAUUUGGGGACACCGAAAUUAUGCUGAAAGUGAAACAUUUGCACACAGGGAAAUCAUUUGCAAAGUUCUUUAGUUUUAUGUAAAAUCCGAGCAAAACUGUUUUACAGUCGAAGCCCGUUGGAUCGAACUCGUUUGGCUCGAAAUCUUCAUUUGCUCGAACUAGAUUUAAAGUACCGAUUUUAAUAUACUGAAGUUAAGCAUUUCUGCUUAGCUCGAGGUUUUUGAGGCUCGAGGUAUUUUCGUUGGUCCCUGUGAGUUCGAGCCAACGGGGUUCGACUUUGUUAUUUUCAUUUAUGCUAAAGUUCAGGGACCUUAUUCUCAUUAUUCUUCUUCGUACUGCCAUGCCAUGUAUUUAUGUUAUCGUAAUAACGAUGAGCUUUAUAUGUUCAAGUUAACAAUAAAUUUUCUGUUCUGUUCUAACAUCCAGAGUAUGAAUUUCAGACUCCGAAAAACAGCAUUUUAAUUUUGUUGUCAAAAAAUAUUUUAAGAACAAAGUUGUACAAAAUGGUGUCUGUGUUAAAAGUUAUCUGUUCUAAAAAAGGCUCACAUAUUUGGUCAAAAUUAUUUAUGUUAUAGAUAUUUUGAAACAUUCAGUCUUCUGAGCCUGAGUCUGAAAAUCAGACUGAAUACGUUAGCGAAUACGGACGUCUCGGAUUGAUAUGGAAAUCAAGAUUGAGAGCUAUCAAUUUUAAACUAUUGUAAAGUUAUAAAAAAAAUUUUUAAUUGUGCCUGGCAUUUGCAUUUAAGCUAGCAAAAAUGUACCUCAAAAUGGAUAUACAUUUGUUACUGGAUAUAAAAAUAGUUUAAACAUUCUAAUCCUUGGACAUGAUUCUUUAAAAACCGAACCAACGUUUCAGGAUUGAGGUUUUCUAUUAUUAUACAUGGACAGUUGAUAAUUGUCAGUUAUAGUAAUUGAUAUGUUAACACUCAAAAUUGUGCAUAUUUUUUUUUAAAACGACAAACCUUUCUUUUAUUGUGUGUGUUCUUGAGCCUGCAUGUUCACAUUUAAUCAAGUUUGAAGGUAGAUAGUCUAGAUAUACAGUUGAACCCCGUCGGCUCGAAAUCGCUUGGCUCGAAUUCCUCGUUGGCUCGAAGUGGAUGUUAAGAACCGAUAUAUACUGAAGGUAAGGAUUCCCGUUUGGCUCGAAUAUUUCGAGGCUCGAGGUAUUUUCGCCGGUCCAUGGGAGUUCGAGUCAACGAGGUUGGGCUGUAUGCACAAAAGAAAUGCAUUAACAUUAAUGUAUUAUUAAUCUGUCAAACUCCUUUGGCUUCAAUAAUCAGAACAAAAAACACACACAUGAUUCGUGAACAGACUAGAAAUAUUAGCUUUUAUAAAUGGGGUUUUUGGUUUAUAGCUACCUGGUCACAAAUUCCCCAGUAAAAAAACGCCAAAGUAUUACUAAUAUUUUUAUCUAUCUAAACCUUCUACCGUCACAGCUGUGAAACUUGUAAUAUUUCAAAUAAGACUACAUCUUAACCCGUAAAAUGUUAUAUAUUAUUCUUACCUGAACCAGUACAGUCAGAAUCAAUUUUAUUGUGUUGUUAAAUUCUGUGAAUUAAUUCAUACUGAUUGAAGAAGACAAUCAAAGAUAUACAUUUAUUUAAUAAAAUAAUUGAAUUAA